AUGGUAGCAUGGUCGGUCUUCUUGUAUGGAUACCUGGCUGUGGUGGGCGCGUGUGUGGCCUUUGGCUCGUUUGGCGUGCCGACCAAGAGCGCGGCGGUGGCGGCGGCCAAGGUCCACCCGGUGGCCUUCCAGAUCUACUACUCGCUGGCCAUCUUUGUCUCGGCCUGGGGUGUCCUCCUCUACAACCCGUUUGUCUUUACCUGGUUUGGCUUUGCUGGUGCUGCCAUCUGGACUCCAUCGUCUAUCCUUGCUCUCGCUGCCAUUUCCGACGCCGGCCUCUCGGUGGCUCAGACUGUCUGGUCUGGUACCACCAUCAUGAUCUCGUUUCUCUGGGGCGCUCUGGCCUACCACGACAAGGUCUCCUCGCUGCCGCUGGCCAUGGUUGCGCUCGCCACCCUUCUGUGUGGACUUGUUCUGCUCGCCUCGCUCCACUCUUCGCUGAUGGCGGGCGUCCACGCCUGGCUCGGCUUUGCUGUCGACGACGAGUCGCUGCGACCGCACCGGCCUGGCGAUGUACGGGCGGCGGCCCCGCUGGUGGCUGCCGAAGCACCUGCAGUCAAUGUCAGCGGUGGACGGGGGUUGGAUGAUGCUUAUGCGAGUGCAGGCGGGGGUGACGGCAAGCCGCUGGCUAAGCUUGUGCGCGGCGUGGUCUUUGCGCUUGUUCUGGGAGUGCUGAACGGGUCGCUGAUGGUUCCGCUGCGCGAGACGCCCAAGCGGGCGUCGGGCAUCAACUACAUUAUCUCGUUCUCGAUCGGUGUUGUGAGCAUCACACCGCUGCUGGCGCUGGGGUACAUGGCGAUCAUGCGAGCGCCGCUGCAGUUGCACUGGCGGGUGGCGCUCGGCCCGGGCCUGCUGACGGGCCUGUUGUGGCAGAUCGGCAACUACUGCUCCAUCUACGCCACGCUCUAUCUCGGUCUCACCAUUGGUUAUCCGCUCACCCAGCUGGCGCUCCUUGUCGCAGGCCUCUGGGGCUGGCUCUACUACGGCGAGCUUCCACAGGCGCGGCACGUCGCCCACUUUUGGCUUGCCGCAAUCGUCGUCCUCGGCGGAGCCGCGCUCCUUGCCAUCGCCGGAUAGCUUUCUUCCUUGCCUACCCGUCUGCUCUUCAUCCGCCCACAUUGAACAUCGCGCGGGAG